AUGGCCGACUCUCAAACACCUCAACCUCCCACACCUCAGAACGGAGUACAAGAUCAAUCCCCUCCACCCCAAUCCGAAGAUAUCAUCAAAACCGAACCCGAUCUUGACGCCUCCAUCGAGAACGACGUCGACAUGGCUACCGAUAAGCCGACCGAAGAGAACGAAGCUGCUACCGCACCCGGUCAAGACCCUAUGGCCCCUGCGCCAGAACCCUCUAAGAAAGAGACGAGCUUGCGCGAGUUCCUUAGCAAGAUGGAUGACUAUGCUCCGAUUGUAAAUCCCCGACGCAGUCACAGCUCACUACCUCACUCUCGCCGGCCUCCCCCUCCAGGUACAGGCCCCGGCCAAACCCCACCACACCUCGCCCGCCUGCUGGCACUAGCCGCCCAAAAGUUCGUCUCAGACAUUGCAGCAGACUCCUACCAGUUCGCCCGCAUCCGCGCCUCCAACAGCUCCUCAGCCAACAACGCUAUCGGCAGUCUAGCUGCCGCAUCCGGUCUCGGUGCGCCGGCCGGCGCAGGUGGUGUACCAGCUCCUGGCGGUGAUAAGGGCAAAGCUGGUACUCAUCUUGGUAUUCAGCGGCCUGGGUUUGGAGGUGGUGGGUCUGGUGGUUCUGGACAGGGACGCACGGUUCUGACGAUGGAGGAUCUGGGGAUGGCGGUUGCUGAGUAUGGGGUUAGCGUGAAGAGAGGGGAGUUUUACAGGUAG